AUGGAUGUCGAAGAUGGACGCCAUUUCCGGCAUGCCAUGGAUGAUGCUGUCGCACCAGCGGAGUGGGAGACCAAGCUCUUGCGGGAGAUUUCCCAGGCGAAGAAGAAGCUACUAGAAGCCAGACACUCCAAGGGUAGUCUUUACACCGGUGCCGCGGGGGUGGCCUACCUGCUACUGGACCUCGCCAGCAGCGGCCUCGAGAGCGACGCUCGGGCGGCGAGCGAGGAGGCCCUGCGGCGCUUGGAAGAGGCGGAAGCCAUGUGCGACGCUCGGAGGGUGACCUUGUUGGAAGGCCCUGCAGGCUGCGUGGCUUUGAAGGCUUGGGCCUACCACCUUUUGGAGCAACCUGUUCAAGUGCAAGAGUGCAUCCAGCGCUUGGCAACCUUAGCAGAGCGCGCUGCCCUGCUUCCAGAGACUGAGUGUGAGGUCUUGUACGGCCGGUCUGGAUUUCUAGGGGCUGUACUGCUGGUGCGCCAAAAAUUGGGAGAUCCCAAGCUGCUGGCAGCGCCUGCAGCUGAAUUGGUGCAGCAGGUGCUGGAAUCUGGGCAGACGCACGCGAAAGGUGGAUGGCCAUUGUACUACGAAUGGCACGAGAAGUGCUACCUAGGCGGUGCCCAUGGCAUUGCUGGAAUCCUCCAAACCUUGUUGCAGUUGCCUGCUGAAGUGGCCCUGGCAAGGCCGGAUGCCCCUGACUUGCUGCAGAAAACGGCUGAGAAGUUGUUCGAGUGCUGCUUCCGAAGUGGCAACAUGCCUUCAUCACUGGGCAAUGGCAAAGACCGGCUAGUCCAGUUCUGUCAUGGGGCUACGGGCAUGAUCUCCUUGGCCCUGCGCCUGGCCGAGCACCAUCCGAAAUCUGCCGUCCGAUACCAGGAGUUGGCUCAGCAGUUUGGUGAAGUGAUUUGGCGCCGUGGUUUGCUGAAGAAAGGCCUUGGUCUUUGUCAUGGGGACAAGUACUUGCUGGUGGAGCGGGCGACGAAUUUGGCCGCGGCUGCCGAGCUGAACUGCUUAGGGCUGUUGGGUGUAGGCCCAGAGCAGCUGGCGACCUUGAAGCAGUGGGCCUCAGGAGUGGUUGCGAACGAAGCGUUGGAGGCUGAGGAGGUCUCAUUGCGUUUCAAGUCGAAAGAGUCCUGUAGCUAUCUUCGCGAAGAGACCCGGGAAGAAGAGGAUCCGAGGACCGCUUUCUCCGUCCAUCGGGAGUCUUCGGGAGUUAGGAAGCAUGUCGAGGAAGUGUCUGUGGGUGGAGUCUUGCGAAGUGCCAUUACAAGUAAGGUGGUCACUAAGAUCACCGAGUACUUCUGGAACUUUGAGACCAACUGUGUUCUAGAAGCGUUUCGAGGGGUCGGCGCAGACGCCUCGGACCGCAUGGUGCUUUGGAGCCGCCAGGGCCAGGUGGAACUCAAGACCAGCGCCAAGACGCCGGCGCCGCAUCCAGAGGUUCGCUCGCCUGCAGUGAACAAAGAGGUGAACAUUAGCUGGCUUCUGCGAAUUCUCUCUGACCCGGCAGUGCCGGGCUUUUCAAUCGAUCGCACCAUCAAGAGCUGCAAGACACCGCGCCGAAACCAGGCGAUACUGCAGCAUGGGGCUGGGAGUGACUUCGACAAGGCCUACCAAUACUUCAUGGCUUUGUCAAAUUGGACCAUGUAUGUGGCAGACUACAUCAAUCACCUGCGAACGGUCCAGCCUCGCAAGAUGGAUGAUAGUGCACUAUCUUUGGACCAUGUUUUCAUCCCAGUGGACACGUUGAUGUCUGCUCUGCCCAAGGGUGAUGCUGAAGCCCCGCCGUCCUUGGUGAUGUCAGCCUCCGCUGGAAAUCUCCUGCUGGUGGAACAGCUGAGAAGCUUGAAGGAGCAGCACGAGAAUGUUCGGAACUCGUUUCCUGGAGACACUGGAAUCCUCACUGCAGUGGAAGGGUGCAUAUCAUUGACCCUGAUGCACAUGAACACACUGGCACAUCAGUGGGUGCAAGCCGUCGACUAUGUGGAAUCUAUGCUCCGAAAGCAAUUGGUGGCCGCCAUCGGAAAGGAAGUGUCCCCGUCCGAAUUUGGGUCUUACAUGCGCUUCCACUACCGAAAGCUCUUCCUCGAUGCCUACCAGCCCAGCCAAUUCUGCUUCGCCGUCCGCCGCUCCGAGCAGCAUGGGCCAGAGGGAACCGUGAGCAUCGAGGAGGAGACCUUUGGCGACGCUGGGAGUCUCAUGCAUACUCCGAUCGUCACGUUGGAAAACCACGGGAGCACGCCCACAGCAAUGUCCUUCCCAUUGAGUGCUUCGACGACUGUAUCUUUCACGGGACCCGUGCACUUGCAUGGCUGGCUUUGCCAUAGCUUUUCUGGACAGACUGGGUCUGGGCUCUUCUUGAAGGCUAGAGCAAGGCAAUUCAGUUCCAUGCUGGUGCUUGUGGGGCGUGUCACUUCCGCAACAUCGUUCGACCCUACAUAUGCGGCAAUCAUCCAGAACAAGGAUGAAUUGACGAUCCCACUGGAGAUGUCAGUGAUCCCUACGCCCAAGGAGUUCAAGGAUGCUAUUGCUUCACUCUCCCCAGAACAACAACAGUUUGCUAAAGCCUUCCGUGCCAUGCAGCUAGACGAGAGCACACUCUUCGGAGUUUUGGUGGUUCAGAUCAAGCCACAGCUGGAGAAACUACUGAAUUUGCCAGAUGAUAGCCUCACCAAGGAGCUGCCUAUGAAGUAUCAGAUCCCGAGCGAUUUGCUCUCCUUCAGCGAAGAGGAGGGUGUCUCUGAGACAGUGACCGCAGCUCCUGCAAGACUAGGCGAAUGGAUCGAAUGGCAAGUCCAGCAGGCGGUCUUCCUAGAACAACCGAACAUGCUGGUCCAAUUCCAAAUCGGGCGCAUGGAACUUAGCACUACGCUGUCACUACGCAAUUUUUUUGAUACGCUGAACACUGGGCAGGAGAAACAGAGCCAGGUGCCACAAGAGAUGGAUGCCCAAUUUGAAAAGCUUGAUCCAGACAGCUCUUUGCGGCCAACCAUCAUCAAUAUUGGAAACACGUGGAAAAAGCGCUCGCAGAAGGCACUGUUGGCUGAGCCUACAGAAGCGCAACUGACUAGUGACCACCAAAAGCAGGAGAAGGAUGCAGCCUUUGACCUGCUGGAUGCCAUCACAAAGUCCGGAGCUCUUCCUUUGAGCCAUGCCACACUGCAUAUUGUCAUUGCAGCUACUCAUUGCUUUGACAAGACCGUCUUGGAGACCGUGGUGCAGGAGAAUGUCAACCCAAUUGAGAAAGUGGAACGCUCUACUCUGAUUAUGGCUUCAACGGUUCACCAGCAACCGGCCGCAUCACUUAUUAAUCAGUCCAGCUUUCCGAGAGUCACCGCAGCUUCACCACAACUGUUCGUGAAAGAUGGAGAUUGA